AUGACUACCGUGACAGCAACUGAGAGUGUGCCAGUUGACAAGAGGCAAAUCUUCUUGAACAGUUACGACGGCCCGACCUACAGACUGGUAUCCACAAACCCACCACGCGAUUGCACGCCGGAUGAGAUCCCCAUCAUCGACCUGGAAGGGAUGAACGGGGACCUCGAUGCCCGUAAAUCUGUCGCCAGCGAUAUCUUGCAGGCGGCGAAGACGAGCGGGUUCUUCUACAUCAAGAAUCAUGGCAUCCCUGAGCAUGUGACGGAAGCCGCUCAUCAGAAGGGUAUAGAAUUCUUCAAACUGCCAGAGGAGCAAAAGCGAAAGCUGGAAUCAUCCACCUCGGCCUACGGGUACUGUGGCUUCCGGGAACGACAGGCCAAUCCGGCCGAGACCAAGGACAGGAAAGAAGCCUUCAUGUGCCACUAUGAGCCCGAGUUCGACCCUCUCCACGAGGGCGUCCUCGACCAAGUGCCGGCGCACGUCAGGCAACAUCUUCCCAAGGAAGACUUCAGUUGGGUCGACGAAGGGAGCUCCGCCGUCCUCCCAGGGUUCAAGUCCUCAGUUCUGGCCCACUGGCGUGCCUGUCUGGCCCUUUCGCGCCGUUUGAUCCGUGUCAUCGCCUUGGCGCUCGAUCUCCCCGAGGACCACUUUGAUCCCCUGACAACGUACCCCGGCGGCGAUUUUGCGAUAAACUUUUAUCCAGGCCAUGGCGAACAGCCCGUCCAAGAUCCGGAUGAGGUCGGGGUCGGCGCACAUACUGAUUUGCAGAUCUUGACGCUUUUGUGGCAGGACGGGCACAGGGGCCUGCAAGUGCUCAACAGAGCGGGGGAAUGGAUGUGGGCGCCGCCAAUCCGCGGCACGUUUGUCGUCAAUAUUGGGGACUUCUUCAUGCGGAUGACCAACGACAGGCUCAGCUCGACGGUCCACCGUGUCAUCCAGCAUGGCAGGGAAGAUAGGAUCUCGAUGCCCUUCUUCUUUGGAUUCAAUUUUGACCAAAAACUGGGCGUUCUGCCGACCUGCAUCGACGAGAAUAAUCCGGCCAAGUACGAGCCUGUAACGUGCGGUGAGCUUAUUGCGAAGCGCUUGGCCCUGGCGGAAACCAACGUUCAGCGAAACGGCGUGUAG